AACCCCAUCCCUUUUUUUAUGCGUUGUGUGUACGAGAGACAGUUGGCAAAACGAGGAAAAAAGUUUGGGCUAGACAGCUUUGUGUCCAUUGGAAAUAUGAAUAUUUGAGCAUUUUUGUGAAACCUUGUCACUUCUUUUCUCACCAGCAUCAGCACAGUUCAGUGAACUGCUUACUUCUUCCACCGACGACAAAAUAUUUCCGACAAAAAUGAAGUUAACUACCUCAACUGGUUACAUAUUUGCAAUCAUUCUACAACUGAGUCUCAUUUCUCUAGCUGAAUCUCUCAAUUGCUACCAGUGUUCGUCAGAGGACGAGUACACUUGCGGAGAGUUUUUUUACCCCAAAUUCACUGAUGUCAGUGUGACGGAAUGUCCACUCUCAGAUGCUCAGUAUUGCGUCAAAACGACUGGAAUUUUUUCUGGUAACCUGGGAGCUAAGCGCUUCUGUUCAGAACGUUUCCUGGACAACUAUUGUACUUACGUCCGGAGACCGGGUGAUCAACGUGAGUACCGCUCAUGCGUGUACACCUGUACGGGUGACGGGUGCAACAGUUCCACCGGCUUGACCCCAACUAAGCUCAUCCAGAUGUCGGCGCUGUUAUUACUGAUUUCCAGUGCAAUGACAUUUCAUCGGCUCUAAACAAAAUUAUGGUGCAACAAUUUCAAGUUCUCAAGACCCUUUUUAUGUUUUAAAAUGUGUUGGUGAAGUGACCAACUAUCGUGACUAGCAUUGCCUUUAUCAUUCCACCUUUUGGAAUCCCACACGUUUACAAGUUCUAAUAUUGCAACGAAUUUCCGUCCACUGCACGUUGUACUAUUUGUUUUUCUUAAAAACAAUAACAAUUUGUUCUUCCAUUUAUUGUAGAACGAACAAACGAGUAUCUCGACUCUAACGUCGGGUAUCUCGCGUUUAUUUUGAAAGACAAGACAUGAUCAAUGGGUUGAAUAAACUUUUGUUCUUUUUGAA